AGUUCUAGAGAUGCUGCUUACCUCGCACGACAUGUUGGCUUACGUAUUGGAGUACCAAUCCCAAUUCCUGCCUUAACUGUCAAUAGAUUGUGUGGAUCAGGCUUCCAGUCUAUUGUUAAUGGAUGUCAGGAAAUUAGCGUUAAAGAUUCUGAAGUGGUGCUUUGUGGUGGCACGGAAAGCAUGAGCCAGGCGCCUUUUGCUGUUCGAAAUAUGCGGUUUGGAACAAAACUAGGAGUUGAUCUCCAGCUGGAAGACAUAUUGUGGUCAGGUCUAACCGAUGCGCAUAUCCAGACUCCCAUGGGUGUCACAGCUGAAAAUCUUGCUGCAAAAUACAAUAUUACCAGAGAAGAGUGUGAUCGCUAUGCCGUCAAGACACAACAGAGGUGGAAAGCUGCUCACGAAGCCGGACAUUUUAAGGCUGAGAUGGCCCCCAUUGAAGUGAAAGUUAAGAAGAGCAAACAGAGCUUGGAACGCGAUGAACACCCCCGGCCGGAUGCCACGGUGGAGCAACUGGGAAAACUCCCUACGGUCUUCAAGAAGGAUGGCACCGUCACAGCGGGGAACGCCUCGGGGGUGAGCGAUGGGGCAGGCGCCGUGAUCCUAGCAAGCGAAGAUGCCGUAAAAAAGCACAACCUCACUCCUUUGGCUAGAAUUGUUAGUUAUCACGCAGCAGGGUGUGAUCCUAACAUCAUGGGCAUUGGUCCCGUGCCUGCUGUUACUGAAGCCCUCAAGAAAGCUGGCCUCUCUUUGAAAGACAUGGAUUUGGUUGAGGUAAUGGCCACUCAGCGAAAUGCAGUCAUUAAACAAAUGCAUGGGUUAUUAACGGGGGGAGAAAUGGGUGGGCGGGCGCUGCCUGUCGGUUGCCAAGUGCUCAAAUUUUGA